AUGGGCAUCUUCUCUCUCAAGCAGAGAUGGGCAUCUUCUCUCUCAAGCAGAGAUGGGCAUCUUCUCUCUGAAGCAGAGAUGGGCAUCUUCUUUCUCAAGCAGAGAUGGGCAUCUUCUCUCUCAAACAGAGAUGGGCAUCUUCUCUCUGAAGCAGAGAUGGGCAUCUUCUUUCUCAAAUCUGGAGGAGAUAAAUUAUCUGAUAAACCUGAUAAACCUGAUAAACCUGAUAAACCUAAUAAACCUAAUAAACCUGAUAAACCUGAUAAACCUGAUAAACCUGAUAAACCUAAUAAACCUGAUAAACCUGAUACACCAGAUAAACCUGAUAAACCUGAUACACCUGAUAAACCUGAUGAACCUAAUAACCCUGAUAAACAUGAUAAAUCUGAUAAACCUGAUAAACCUGAUAAACCUGAUAAACCUGAUAAACCUGAUAAACCUGAUAAACCUGAUAAACCUGAUAAAUCUGAUAAACCUAAUAAACCUGAUAAAUCUGAUAAACCUGAUAAACCUGAUAAACCUCAUAAACCUGAUAAACCUGAUAAACCUGAUAAACCUAAUAAGCCUGAUAAACCUGAUAAACCUGAUAAACCUGAUAAACCUGAUAAACCUAAUAAACAUGAUAAACCUGAUAAACCUAAUAAACCUAAUAAACCUGAUAAACCUGAUAAACCUGAUAAACCUAAUAAACCUGAUAAACCUGAUAAACCUGAUCAACCUGAAAAACCUAAUAAACCUGAUAAACUUGAUAAACCUGAUAAACCUAAUAAACCUGAUAAACCUGAUAAACCUGAUAAACCUAAUAAACCUGAUAAACCUAGGGCAUGUGAAUAUAUUGGUCUGUAUUCCCAUGUAUAUAUUUAG